ACCUGCGUGUUUCACAUGCCACUACCAUCCAACUCUUUCUUUCUUAUCUUUUCUUUUUUGUGUAUGACCAAUCAAUGAACCAAUCUCUUUUCCAUCUUCUUCGCUAAUUUCUAUAUCUUCACUAUAAGAAUAACACACAUAUGCCACUAAUUUCUUGCAUUCCAUCUUCACAAAAAACAACAUUAAUCCUCCAUUAUUCAUGGACAACAACAAAAACAAACCUCUACAUGUUGUAAUGUUCCCAUGGAUAGCCAUGGGACACAUGUACCCAUGUUUUCAAGUUUCCAAAAUCCUUGCACAAAAUGGUCACUUUGUAACACUCAUAUCAACUCCUUCAAUCAUAGAUCGUCUUCCUAAACUCUCACAAACACUAUCAACAUUCAUUAAACUCAUCAAACUUCCUUUAUCAUCUCACAUAGACAAAAACCAUCUUCCACAAAAUUCAGAUUCCACCAUGGACAUUCCUUCCAACAAACUCUAUUACCUUAAAUUAGCUUAUGAUUGUCUUCAACAAUCUGUAGCUGAGAUACUCAAAACUUCAAAUCCUGAUUGGGUUUUCUAUGAUUUUGCAGCUAGUUGGUUACCACAGUUAGUAAAAGGUUUGAAUUUGAACAUUUCAUGUGCUUAUUUUAGUCCUUGUCCUGCAUGGAGCAUAUGUUUCUUUGACACACCAAGACAACAACUUGGUGAUGAUGUUGCAGCGAUUCGAACAAAUCUUGAAGAUUACUAUGGUCCUCCCAAAUGGGUUUCUUUUCCUACAAAGAUUGGUUUAAGACCUUAUGAGGUAAGAAAAUUACUUGAAGAUAUCAAAGUGAAUGGAACAGGGGCUUCCCCUGUUUUUGAUCUAAACAGAGCAAAUUCAGAUUGUGACUUGUUUAUUAUUAGAAGCUCAAGAGAUCUUGAAGGAGAAUGGUUAGAUUUUCUUGGUGAGUUUUACAACAAACCUGUGAUUCCUAUUGGAUUGCUUCCACCAAUAAGAGAUUCUUCUUCUUCUGAUGAAGUUGAUGAUAGUCCUGAUUGGCUUCAAAUCAAAGAAUGGUUAGACAAACAAAAAGGUUCAUCUGUUGUUUACAUUGCAUUUGGGAGUGAAGUGAAAUUGAGCCAAGAAAAUCUCAAUGAAUUAGCUCUUGGAAUUGAGAUUUCUAAAUUACCUUUCUUUUGGGUUUUGAGAGAUUUGAAAAAUGGUUUUGUUAAGUUACCAAAUGGGUUUGAGGAUAGGACAAAACAUCAUGGGAUAGUGUGGAAAAAUUGGGCCCCACAACCUAGAAUCUUAGGUCAUGGUUCUAUUGGUGGUUGUUUGACUCAUUGUGGUUCUGGUUCAAUGAUAGAAAAUCUUUAUUUUGGACAUGUUCUUGUUAUGUUACCUUUUUUAUUGGAUCAAGCUUUGUAUUCAAGAGUAAUGCAAGAGAAGAAAGUGGGAAUUGAGAUAGUUAGGAAUGAAGAAGAUGGAUCAUUUACAAGGGAUUGUGUAGCUAAGGCAUUGAGAUUUACUAUGGUGGAUGAAGAAGGAAGUGAUUAUAGAAAAAAUGCUAAAGAGAUAGGGAAGAAAUUUAGUAGCAUGGAGCUAAAUAAUCAAUAUGUUGAAAACUUCAUUUCUUCACUUCAAAAUUAUAAUUUAUAGGAAUGUUUAGAAAUAAUUAAGUAAACAUUUAUUUGAUUUGAGUUAGUAUAUGUCUUCUUACUUUUCA